AUGAAGCUUGAGGAACGAUUACAAGCUAAUGGUAGAUCUUUGAAAGAAUUUUUUACGUUACCUUAUCCCGAUAUGCAAGCGAUUGUUGGUAUUGAGGAUCGGUUAAUAAUGGAUGAGUUGAAUUUUGAUAGAAUUUUACUCCGUCAAGAGUUGAAUGAUGCUUUGCAAUCUAUAAAUAAUGAACAGAGCUAUGCAUAUCAUACAAUACUUGAUGCCGUGAACAUGGAUCGUGGUGGAUUUUACUUUGUUUAUGGGUAUGGUGGUACUGGCAAGACAUUCCUUUGGCGUACGCUUUCUGUUUCAUUAAGGUGUGAGAGAAAGAUUGUUUUAAAUGUUGCAUCAAGUGGUAUUGCUUCACUACUUCUUCCCAAUGGACGCACUGCUCAUUCAAAAUUUAAGAUACCUCUAAACAUUAAUGAGGAUUCAGUUUGCAACAUUAAACAAGGUUCAUCUCUUGCUAAGUUGGUUUCCAGAGCCAGUUUGAUUAUAUGGGACGAAUCUCCAAUGUUGAACAAAUACUGUUAUGAGGCAUUGGACAAGUCACUGAAGGAUAUCCUAAGAUAUGAACAAUCUUACAAGUCAAACAUGGCUUUUGCAGGUAAGGUUGUUGUACUAGGUGGUGACUUUCGACAGAUUCUUCCAGUCAUACCGAUGGGAUCACGUCAAGAUAUUGUUCAAGCUUCCAUUAAUUCGUCUUACCUCUGGGAUCACUGCUCAGUCUUGAAUUUAACAAGGAAUAUGCAUUUAGCAUCUUCUGAUAUUUUCGAAGACAAUAGUGAAGUUAAUGAAUUUGCCAAGUGGCUUAUCCAGAUUGGUGAUGGAUUCGCCGGUGAUUCUACAGAUGGUGAGUCAGAAGUUUUGAUUCCGGAUGACAUGCUCAUAAAUGAUACUGAAGAUGGUUUUGGAGAGUUGGUACAUUUUGUCUAUCCAAAUAUUGUUUCUAACUUGAACCACACUGAUUACUUCAAGGAACGUUCGAUUCUUGCUCCCACAUUAGAAGUUGUGAAUGAGGUGAACAACAGGUUACCUCCACACCAAAUAUGCUUGAAGGAAGGUGUACCAGUUAUGUUGCUUCGGAACAUUGAUCAGUCUAAUGGGUUGUGCAAUGGCACGAGAAUGCAGGUUCAGAAGGAGGCAAUUCCCUUUGAUAGUUUCAUUUGCAAUGACUAUAAAUAA